GAUCGCUCAUGGCGGCGGCGGCAGCAGUGGCGGCGUGCCGCAGGGCGGCCUCCUACACCCUCCUCGGCCCACCGCCGGACAGCCUCCGGGCGGCUGCGGCCGCGGCUUCUGCGCCCACCACGGGCAACCAGUUCGUGGACCUGCUCGACGCCGGCUUCAACACGCCGCCGCCGAAGCCCCCGACGCCCCCGAGGAAGACUCGAACGGAGAACAACUCCCCGACGUUCGCCACCUCGGGCGACCCCUGUCUGGACUUCUUCUUCCACGUUGUCCCUGGCACGCCGCCGUCCUCCGUCACAUCCCUCCUCGCCGACGCCUGGGCCAAAGAGCCGACCACCGCGCUCCGCCUCGCCUGCAACCUCCGCGGCGUGCGCGGCACCGGCAAGUCCGACCAAGAGGGGUUCUACGCCGCCGCACUCUGGAUGCACGAGUCCCACCCGGCCACGCUGGCCCUCAACGCGCGACCUGUCGCCGAGUUCGGUUACCUCAAGGACCUCCCCGAGCUCCUCCACCGCAUCAUCCACGGCGGCGUCUCCACCAGGACCCCUGGGAAGCAGGCCGGCGGCAAGAAAGGAGGAGGGAUCGUCGACCGCGGCUGCUACGACGACCGCCCAUCUCGUGGUUCGCCGCGCCGCUGGAAUAAGGUGCAUCACUCCGCGGACACGACGGAGGCGCGCGUUGCUGCCAGCAAUAAGCGCGACCAGGAGAUCUCGGCCCAGGCCGCCGUCGAGCGCCACAAGAAGCGCGCUGAUGCCGCGGCCAAAGCCGUCGAGAGGUACGCCCAGGACCCCAACUACCGCCUCUUGCACGACAUGACCGCGGAUCUGUUCGCUGACCUCCUCUCCGAGGACAUGAAGAAGCUGGCGGAAGGCAACCUCAAGGAUCUCUCGCUCGCCGGGAAGUGGUGCCCGUCGGUCGACACCUCCUGCUACGACCGGUCAUUGCUCCUCUGCGAGGCCAUCGCGCGCCGUCUCUUCCCCAAGGGCUCGAUGCCCCAGAUCCCGGCCGACUUAGCCGACGCGCACUACGCCUACCGCGCGCGCGAACUCCUCCGCAAGGAGGCGUACGUGCCGCUGCGCCAUGCCCUCAACCUCCCCGAGAUCUUUAUGUCGGCCCGCGAAUGGGGGAAAGUGGUGUACACUCGCGUGGCCUCCGUCGCUAUGAAGAACUACAAGGAUAUCUUCCUCGAGCGCGACGAAGAGCGCUUCAACAAGUAUCUCGCCGACGUCAAGUCUGGCAAGGUGAAGAUCGCGUCGGGCGCCCUGUUGCCGCACCAGAUCCUGGCCUCCGCGGACGACAACGAUGAAGUCGCUGACCUGCAGUGGAAGCGCAUGGUGGAUGAUCUGCUGGCGCUCGGCAAGCUCAACAACUGCCUCGCCGUGUGCGACGUGUCGGGCAGCAUGGACGGAGUCCCUAUGGAUGUCUGCGUCUCCCUCGGGCUCCUCCUCUCCGAGCUCUGCGACGAGCCGUGGCGCCACCGCGUCAUCACCUUCAGCUCGCGGCCACAGCUGCAUCUUAUCAAGGGGGAGAAACUCUCUGAGAAGGCCAAGUUCAUCCGCGACAUGGAUUGGAACAUGAACACCGACUUGCAGGCGGUGUUCGACCAGCUCCUCCGCGUGGCGGUCGCCGGCAAGCUGCCCCCGGAGCGCAUGGUGAGCAAGGUGUUCGUGUUCAGCGACAUGGAGUUCGACGUGGCUUCCUCGAGGCCGUGGGAGACGGACUACGAGGCCAUCACCAGGAAGUAUUCCGAGGCCGGGUACGCAGACGCGGUGCCGCAGAUUGUCUUCUGGAACCUGCGGGACUCGGACUCGGUGCCGGUCAUGUCAGAGCAGAAGGGGGUGGCGCUGGUCAGCGGCUUCUCCAAGAACAUGCUCAAGCUCUUCCUCGGUGGCGAGGACAUCCCUUUGCCCAGGGCCGUAAUGGAGAAGGCCAUCUCCGGUGGGGAGUAUGAGAAGCUCGUCGUGUACGACUGA